AUGGGAAAGCUACUCAACCUAGGGUCCAGACUUCGGUACCCGAUCACCAUCAACAAGCUCCUCAAGAGACCGGGCGAUGAAAUCAAAAAGCAAGAGGCGAUCUUGCAAUACAAAUUCACAUGGAUGCAAAAAGUAGGCGACCCUUUCGGAGAAGAAUGGGAGGAAGAGCAAACCACAAUCGCGGACUGGGAUAGUCCCGCAGACGGCAGCAUAAAGGCAUGGAAAAUAAAGGAGGGCAUGCGUAUUGAGAGGGAUAUGGUAUUUGUGGAUAUUGAAGAGACCUGCCCGCACUCGAUCCAGUUUGCCGGCCUCUGCGGAAUGUGUGGGAAGGACAUGACCGAGACCUCAUGGGCCAGCACAUCCAACGAUACCGAGCGAGCAAAGAUCAAUAUGAUCCACGACCAGAACUUUCUUACCGUUAGCGAAGGAGAGGCUUCAAGGGCGGAAGAGGAAUUGCAACGGCGGCUGCUGAAGCAUAGGAAACUUUCGUUGGUGGUGGAUCUCGAUCAGACGAUUAUACACGCUUGUAUCGAACCCACUGUUGGAGAGUGGCAAAGUGACCCAUCGUCGCCGAACUACGAUGCCGUUAAGGACGUCAAAUCAUUCCAGCUCAAUGAUGAUGGACCGCGUGGUGUAGCUCAAGGUUGUUGGUAUUAUAUCAAGAUGCGACCCGGAUUAAAGGAAUUCCUGUCCAAAAUCUCAGAAAUGUACGAAUUACAUGUCUAUACAAUGGGUACUCGAGCGUAUGCUCUUAACAUCGCCAAGAUUGUUGAUCCGGACAAGAAGUUAUUUGGAGAUCGGAUCAUUAGUCGCGAUGAGAACGGAAACAUGACUGCGAAGAGCUUGGCGCGACUCUUCCCCGUGGACACGAAGAUGGUGGUCAUCAUUGAUGAUCGUGCAGACGUCUGGCCUAAGAAUCGCCCGAAUCUUAUUAAGGUGCAUCCAUACGACUUUUUCCUUGGCAUUGGCGACAUCAACUCAAGCUUCCUUCCCAAGAGAGAAGAUCUUCCUACUCAAGCAACCAAGAAGCUGAUCUUGGACAAACCUGGCGACAAGAGGUCGGAUUCACCAAACAUACCAUCACCCACUCCUGGAGAUGUACCUAGCGGGCCCAGGCCAGCGAGCGGGGAAAGCUCGAAGGAAGAACCAGAGUCCGAUGAUGCUCGAGUCAGUGCAUUGGAAGAGCUUGUCAGAAUGGGAGGUGGUGAUGAUCAAGCACUGCGGCUAGAACAAACUGCUGAACAAGAGAAGUUUCUGGAAAAGCAAUAUAUGGAACGACCAUUGUUGCAGAUGCAAGAGAAACUUGACAAGGAAGACGAGGAUGAUUCGAGCGAGCCACUUGGUGACGAAAGGAAUGGUGACACCACGCAGGAACACCCUCACCAUAGGCACAACCUGCUCAAAGACGACGACGUUGAGCUCAUGUAUCUCGAGAAGCAUCUAUCGCUCGUUCACAAGGCAUUCUAUGACGAGUAUGACGGUGCCCUGGUCAACGCCCAAGGAGGACGUGUGGCGCAAUUAAAGCACGGUCAUGUUAAGAAGGUUUCGAUGAAGGAUGAGGCUGCCGAUCUCAAAGUGGUUCCGGAUAUUGCCAACGUGAUGCCACGUUUGAAGGCCAAAGUUCUAGCAGGCACCACGAUUGUGAUGUCUGGCUUGGUGCCGUUGUCUGCCGAUCUCAUGAGGACAGAAAUUGCUCUGCAAGCAAGCAGCUUUGGGGCUGAGCUUCAAACAAAGAUAUCGAAAAGAGUUACGCACUUGGUUGUUCCUACAAGUCGAACCCGCACCCAUAAAGUUCGACAAGCGGCGAAAUACCCAAGAAUCAAGAUUGUGACUCAUCAAUGGCUAGCGGACUCAAUUAGCAAAUGGGAAAAGCAAGAUGAGACGCCCUAUCUCGUUGAAAUUCACGAACAAGACCGUAGACAUAAUGGCUCAUCAAGCGUCCCAUCUUCGAUUCACGAUUCGGAUGAGAGCGAUGGGACUGAGACACCCAGUGAGGAUGAUGAACCUGGUAGUGUCCCUGCCAGCCAAGAAGAAGAAGAUGAGGAAGGUGUUAUACCGGGCGAUUUUGCAGGCGGAAGCUCCCCCAUCGAGGGCCUAAAGACUUUUAAUUGGGGUAAAGCCGAUGCAGAGCUAGCAAAAUUCCUGGACUCAGACGAUGAUAAUGAUAGCGACACUGGCAGCGUAGGCAGUAAUUCCAGCCGGCAGAGUCAAGCCAGUAAUGGAAGUGCGCGGGGGGUCAAGAGGGGUUAUGACGAGGCGACGGAUGAGGAUGACAGCGACGGAGGAAGCGACUUAGCCAAAAGGCAACGCAUCUCGAGUUCGAGAACGACAGGCCUCAAGACGGUAAAGACACCAAACAGUCUCCAGUCGGAAUCUAAUCCCUCAACUCCUGGGCCAACAGCUGGUGAGGAUGGAGCUGAUGGCGUAGAUCAGAUCCAUCCCGAGGAAGAGGACGAUGGUGAGGAUGACUUGGAAGCGGACCUGAUGGCUGCAUUUGAAGAGGAUGAAAAAGGAGCUGCUUCCUGGGAUACCGGCGGCUCAUAG